GCUCUAGUCUGUAGGUCCAGGAAGAAAAAAAACCCUCCUCCCCGACGGGAAAAUCAUAAACAACAGAUCAAAUUUAGGGCAGGAGGAAAGAGAGGAUACUGACAUAUAGGCGCUGGCUGAUGAUUCAUUGUGUGCACGUAUCCGCUGGGUGUAUGUAAAGCGUGUGGAUGCUGCACGGUUAGUGCUGACUGACUCACGGAGAUGCUGUGGACAGGCCGAACCUGUUUAACAUCCGCUUGCUUAUUGGAUGGAGCAAAGAAAGAAAGACGAUAAAUCAGAAUAAGAGAUCAACAGGCCAGUUGUAUUCGGUCUGAGAGAAGGAGCCCGAAGAAGAGGGACAGCGGCAUGUUCUGAGCAGAGAGCCGACGAGCGGCGGCAGCAGGCGGGAUGAAGGCUCCGAGAAGACCGAGGCAGACGCGCCUCCUCCCGCGUUUCUGCGUCUGUGGAGUCGGUCUGUUCGCAGCCGUCUGGAUCUUUCACUUCUGUGAUGUUACAGAGUACCAUAGAGCAACUGUGGAUCACAGCAGCUCCUUAUUCAAGAGAGAGCUCAUCCAGCAAAAAGAAGACAACCAGACUGGGGGUGCUUCUAGACCUGCUAUCAGUGAGUUUCCUGAAGACAUUUUUACUGUGGAUCAGAGGAGACAGGGUGCAGUCCUCCUUCAUGUUCUCUGUGCUAUCUACAUGUUUCAUGCACUGGCCAUUGUCUGUGAUGUUUACUUUGUGCCAUCACUGGAAAAAGUGUCAGAGAACCUUCAGCUCAGUCAGGAUGUUGCCGGGGCAACCUUCAUGGCAGCUGGGAGCUCCGCCCCUGAGCUCUUCACUUCUUUGAUUGGCGUGUUUAUCACAAAGGGUGACGUCGGUGUGGGAACUAUUGUGGGAUCAGCUGUCUUUAACAUCCUGGUUAUCAUCGGCAUCUGUGGCAUCUUUGCAGGACAGCCCAUUGGUCUGAGCUGGUGGCCUCUGUUCCGUGAUGCUGUUUUCUACAUCCUGUCCAUAGUGGUGCUAAUUCUGGUAAUCUAUGAUGAAAAAGUCCUAUGGUGGGAGACCAUCAUCCUGAUCUCUAUGUAUGGACUCUAUAUAAUCAUCAUGAAGUUUAACAGAUCUCUGUGCUGCUUGGUGGAGAGACACUGCAGCAGGGCAGGUCAGCCGUGUCUGAGCGGUCUGCGACGGACGACGGCUGUCGGCAACGCCGGAGACGGCGACAAUGACAUGGUGCCGCUGAAACCAGACUCAUGUGUGGUGGCCGGUCAGGAUUCAGGGGUCGUGAUGGUGGAUGAGCUACUGAACUCGUACCCCCAUCAACUCACUCUGUCAGAGGCAAGCCUCCGCCUUCUCAUCACCCCGCAUUUCCCCCCCUUCACCCGCCUGCGCAUGGCAGGACGCAUGGUCAUCAGCGAGAGGCAAAGGCUGAUUCGGGCUCGGGUUGGCCCAGAGGAAGGGGCAGCUUCAGGGGAGGAAGGUUCAGGAGCUAGUGGACCUUGGGGGAGGGAGAACGGGACGGUGGCUGAGGGAGAGAGACAGCCACCAGAGGGAGAGAGGGGUAAAGAGACAGUAGUGGAGACAUGUGGGGGAGGACAGCCCAAGGAGGAAGAGGACGAGGAGGAGGAGCAAGAGAACCAAGAUGAAGAGAAUGUUCCUUUCAAACCGUUCGUCCUGCCAGAUGGGUGGCGCGUACGUCUGAAGUGGCUGCUCUCCUGGCCUGUGAGCGUCCUGCUUUACUGCACCAUCCCUGACUGUAACCUGCCGCGGUGGGAGCGCUGGUACCUGCUCACCUUCCUGUCCUCCACACUCUGGAUAGCCUUCUUCUCCUACCUCAUGGUCUGGAUGGUGACAAUAAUCAGCUACACACUUGGAAUCCCAGAUGUGAUCAUGGGCAUCACUUUUCUGGCUGCUGGCACGAGUGUCCCCGACUGCAUGGCCAGUCUCAUUGUCGCCAGACAAGGGAUGGGCGACAUGGCUGUGUCCAACUCCAUUGGCAGUAAUAUCUUUGAUGUGCUACUGGGUCUGGGCUUUCCCUGGGCGCUGAGGACUCUUAUAGUCAGCUAUGGAUCAGUGGUGACGAUAAACAGCAAAGGCCUGGUGUACUCAGUGAUUCUGCUUCUGGCCUCAGUCACGCUUACUGUCCUGUGUGUCCAUCUGAACCACUGGAGGCUGGACCGCAGGCUGGGAGUCUGCCUCCUGCUGCUCUACGCCGUCUUCCUGCUCUGCUCCGUCGGCUUCGAACAGCUUUAGACGACACUCCCAUUACACACAAACAAACAGCCCUCCUCCCCUGCUGCCAUUAUUAAUGAAAAACGUACGGAGAGAUGAUUUAUCGUUUCGUUUCAAAGUGGCUUUUCACGAUAGAGAGUCGUUACUAUGACACCGGCUGCCUACAAGCGAAAUUGUUUACCUUUGAUAAAUGAGUCUUUUACAGAGUUUUGUACUGUAGCACUUCCAACCCACUGAUAAUGCACUGUCUCACAAGAAAUUUAUAAAAUAUGGAAUUUGUAUUCUGAAACCUAGAAUAUUGUAUAAAAACCCCAAAGUGUGUUAGUUUACUUAUUAUUACUGCCACAAGUAACCUCAAUGAGCAGAUGAUUUCACAUAUAAGUAUAUAUGGUUGCUUCUCAGUUUGCCCACUCAUUUCAUGUAAAGUUUUGUGUUUUCCUUCCUUCCUUGCCUUUGUGUCUGUAGCUGUAAAAAUGGCAUAGCAUGGCUAAUCACGCUCCAGAUAUUUGCACUAAGCCACUGUUGUCUUGGCCUUGUGUAUUAUGUAGGCCCCACACCUGCCCCACCCCCCUUGCUAAAAGCUUCUUAACACAAAGGUUGUGUAUUAAUUUGUCCUGAAACAAAGGUGAUUAUAUUCUGCAAGAUGUUUAUAAAUGUCUGUCUGGAGAGAGUCCUGAAGUGUAUGUCUU